AUGAGCAACGUGCGGUGUAACGAACCAUCGCCAACGGCGACCACCUCCAGCAAGGACACGGAUCCCGACACGGGACCCUCGAUUGCGGCGUUCCAACCGGUGGCUGGCACAGGCACGGGACAACCGAGCAAUAAAGGCAACCCUUGCCGGAUUAACGGCGUCAAGGGUUACCAGAACCGUAUCAACAGUAUUAUCUACUGCCCACCGCUGCUGCGCGGCAGUUCGCAGAAGGACAAAUGCACCGCCAUCGUUUACUUUGGUGGGGACGUGCAGGAUAUCCCGGAAAAGAUGGAGCUAAAUCGGGACAACAAGAACUACAUCAAAUGGAACCUAGAGAACACGGCGGUACUGCUGCGAGAAUCCUUUCCACACUCACACAUCGUCGUCGUGCGCCCGGGAAGGAUGGAGUACAACACAUUCAGCUGCUUCGACAACUUCGUACGGGGCAACAACGCCGGCAUUCCGGAUCACACGCCCAUGCACUACUCACUGCAGCACCUAGAAGAGUUGCUGAUAAACCUGACGAAAAAGCUCACUAAACCUAUCCUGGAUCAGGACUUCCUGCACAAGCUGCUGAACGCGUCCAGCUCGAAAGGAUACGCGAGUGAUGGGCCGUGCAAGCAAAGCAGUGACAUUUUGCAAAGCAAUAUCUACGAUGCGCCCGGUAGCGAGAUGGCGACUGGGCCGCGCCUGAACGAGCUGCUUUGGUGGCGUGAAAAUCUUAACCUCGAUAAAGCCAGCCUCAAGCUGAUCGGUUUUAGCAAAGGUUGCGUGGUGCUGAACCAGUUCAUCUACGAGUUUCACUACUACAAAACGCUCACGCCGGACGACAGCACGAUGAUGCGGUUGGUGUCACGCAUCACCGACAUGUACUGGCUGGAUGGAGGGCACGGUGGCGGUAAGAACACCUGGAUUACGUCCCGAAGCCUGCUCGAGACGUUGUGCCGGUUGUGCAUCAACGUGCACGUGCACGUGACCCCAUAUCAGAUCCAGGACGAUCAUCGUCCGUGGAUCCGGAAGGAGGAGAAAGCCUUCACCGACCUGCUGAAGCGGCUUGGUGCGGCGUUUGACCGCACGCUCUACCCGAGCGAGGCCAACUCCACCAACCUGUACACGCACUUCGACGUGCUGAACCGGUUUCGGCAGCACCAGCUCAAUUUGUUCUCACAGCAGCUGCACCAAACGGCCCAACCGCCCACGCUGGGCCAGCACGCCGGCACCUACCGGCCGGGUGAUGACGAGGUCGCCACAAUGCCGGUUGACCCGGGCGAGUAUGUGGCCGGUAUGGGGCGGGAGGCGCUCGAGGCGGACCCCGGAGACGGCGAGGAUACACCGAUGCCACCAACCGAGGCGAUGCAACCGAUCGAGCCGGAGGGCGAGCUGCAGGACAACUGA